AUACCAUGAAGCUGACAGUACGUUGCUAGGCAACAUAUGGUCACAAAGUAAGUUUUGUAAUAAGUAUAUCAAGGAAUUGUAUAGAAAUAUUAUUUAAUAAAUAUUCAUAAUGAAUUUGAGUGAAAACUAUCAUUUAAGAAAAUGCUAUCUACGAACGGACACGGUACCGACUAUGAGCGUUAUGAAGAAGAAAAUGUCCGAGAAUCUUGCAGCUGUUUAUUUCAAGACGAUGACACCCAAGCAAAAAGUAAUCGCGGGCCUGGAGCCGUCGCUCAGGGGAGGCGGCGGGGACUGGUACGUCCCCCCGCAGGAGCUACUCCAAGGGCGGAAUGUAUUGAAGCCCACCAAUAAGGAGUUGCUGUCCCUGUUAAACCACAAGGGCAUCGAGCUGCUAGGGUCGCAUGUGUUCAAAAAACAUCGAAAAUUAUUGGAAGUAGAGAAAGAAGAAGCGAUGCUCGAAUGUGAUAUUAAUCACAGAAAUGACGUUGAACUGCAGUGUAAUGCAAUAGCCGAAACAACUGCCACUGAGGCGCAGAAGAAAAACACCGAGCGUAUUAUGAACGGUUUUGAAUAUUUUACACAAUUGUAUAGAGAAUCAUUAGGAAAAUUUGAGUUACUGUUCCACGAAGCAGCGGUAUCAGAGAUCCAAAAAACUAGAGAGGCAGCGAUCCGCCAGAUGGAGAUACACUACGCAGAAGCUUUGAAAGUGCAAGCCACUCGUCUCUACAACAAAUAUGCCGAAAAACUUGAAGGAGCAAAGAAUAGACUCAAAAAUGAAUUCAUUCAUAACAUAGAAGUGCUGCGGACGGCAAUGGGCGAUAAUUUACAUGACCUUAAAGUAGAUAAACAUUUAGCUAUUGAAAAUUUAAGGAGAUACCUUGAAUGCCAAAAGCUUGCUUGUCAAGUAUAUGUUGCUUUAAAAGAGCGGGAUGAAUGUGCUAAAGAAAUAGAAACAUUACAAACCAAGCAUAGAAAAGCAGUAAGAGCACUGGAUGAAAAGUUGGCGCUUAUAAAUUUUGAUAUAUAUCUCGCAGCACAGAAGGAAGCGAAAAGAAAAGAGGUAGUAACGGUCUGGCAGAAGAAAAUAUGCCACGUCAUAAAGAAGUUUCAGGUUUUCGUGUCUUACUGUCUGAGUUCACUACCUGAUUAUGCAGAGUUUUUUUUAAACAUGGAAAAAUUGAUGUUGAUACAACUUAGUCAAGUUUUAGAAAAGCCGACUGCUGAAAGCAUCAUAGAAGUAGAACCAGAAGAAUUUCACACUCCAAUACCCAGACCUCAGCCUUUCUAUCUCUUCUGUGACAGAGGUUACAAAGCUGACAUUGAUGAAAAGCUAUGUCCUCAACGAUCUGCUACCAGCGUAUCGCAAAUGCCCGUGAUUGUUGUAAACAAGCGGUGCAUGUACGCAGCAUGCGAUACCUUUGAACAGUUCAAUGCUAAAAUUAAACAAUAUAUUCAUGGCGUAAAAGGUGACGAUGCUGAUUUUGUAGAUGAUAACGUUUAUCCACAUUAUGUACCAGUGAAGUAUACCUCCUCAACACAGUUGUUGGAUAUCAAAUUAGAAAGUUCUUUGCUUCAAGUUUUGCAACAAGAAAAAGCUAACAUAAGAGAAUUACCAAUCAAACAUGACUUUCACGAUUCUUCAUGUUUAUGCGCACCAUGCUACAACCCAUACAUCGAUGGUCACCAAUCUCAUUUAGAGACGGUGUCUUCUAAAGAAUCAGUUAAGAGGCCCGUACACAUUUCAAGAAGCGUAGAACUGAUACAUUCUAGACAACCUAAAUGGGAGAGUUAUUUUGAUUAUGUCGAAGCUAAAAAGUGCAAUUGUACCAAGAAGGCCAUGAAGCAUUUAUCUGCUAAUUUGCCACCGUAUAUGCAGCAGAGAUCAAAGUUCGAUCAACCCGAGUUACUUAAAUAUGAAAUGUGUUCAGUCGCAGAACUGAAGAUGUUAGUUAAAGCAGCAAGGAAUCAAUCGACGCCGCCCUCUGUGCCAUCUGUUCCAUCCAGGACCAGGGACGUAAGCACACAGUGCGAGGACAUAGAGCUGGUGUUGUUGUGCACUUGCUACGACGAUGCCGAGUUCGACAAGAUAUUUAGUGACCUUACGACUGACCCCACAGGAUUCGUGUCGCCCAUCAGCACUAAGGAUGAGUUCAGAGUAGUAGAGAGCUCGACGACCGGGUACUUAGACAAAAACCAGAGCUCGUUCGUUACUGACCGAAUACUUUCCCUGAGGAAUAUCGUAGAAGACAUGCCAGACCUGGCUGAGAUUUUCAACAAAAAGGAUUGUUCGUUUUAAUAGUUUAGGAUGAUAUUCUAAAACUAUUUAUUUAAUUUAUUUUUUAUUAAGUUUAAAAGAGGGUAAGUUUUGAAGAUUGC